AUGAAGUCACCGAAUGAGGCUCUGGGGCCGAGAGCACCAGGCAAGACCAGGGAAGCCACCGAGUGGCAGGAGCCAGCCAUGGGGAUGGGGACUGCAUCUCACAACAAGGAAGGAGGUGAGAGCCACCCGCGCCUAGGGUUGCCUACGUUUGUCACGGGGGACCAGACGUGGUUCAAGAACAAGCACGUGUCUGGGACAGGCCGAAACAGGCUGGUGAGCGAGCGCCUCGGGGUCCCCAUCAACUUCACCUCGCCCAAGCCCACAGUCACAUGGCACCUGGACCUCAAUGGCACUGCCAGGCAGGCAGAAAUUAAUGGCGCCUGUUCUGCCUGCAGGGGGCUGGCGGUGCCCCUCCUCCUCCCAGACAAGGCGGCCUCUUCCACCCCUGGUGACCCUCCCCUGCCGUGGGACCGCACCUCUGCCGUCUGCCCCAUCUCCCUGCCCCUUCCGCUUACUGAGGAAGCUCGGGGGGCCUCCGGGCCAGACCCCCUGGAAGGCAGCCGGGCGGACCUCUGGACCGGCCGGGCCCCCAGCGAGCCCCUCAAAGACAGCCUGAACCACCUCAACCUGCCCCCGCUGCGGGUUCCGCCCACGCGGUGGCCCCCGAUCGCGGGCCCGGACGGGGGCCAGGCUCCAGACAGACUCCAGGCGGCCCCGGGGGGCCUCGGGCGCCCGCACUGCCACAAGCCCUGCCACCUGCGGGCGCCCCGCUGCUUCACCUGCAGGUUCUGUGACAAGGAGUACGCCAGCCUGGGCGCCCUCAAGAUGCACAUCCGCACGCACACGCUGCCCUGCCUCUGCUCUGUCUGCGGCAAGGCCUUCUCCAGGCCCUGGCUGCUGCAGGGCCACAUCCGGACCCACACAGGUGAGAAGCCGUACACCUGCUCACACUGCGGCAGGGCCUUCGCCGACCGCUCCAAUCUCCGGGCCCACCUGCAGACACACUCGGACACCAAGAAAUACCAGUGCAACAGCUGCGCCAGGACCUUCUCCCGCAUGUCGCUCCUGGCGCGGCACGAGGAGUCUGGCUGCCGCCGCGGCCCCUGA